AUGUCAUCCAGAUCAUUAUGGCGGAGCUUAAGACUCGCUUCCAAGCGUCAAUUCGCCGUCCCCGAGACUCAAUACCGCUGCUUUUCCUGCUCCAUGCGGACCCAGAACCAGCCCAAGUCCGACAAGGAUCGAAUGACACACUUUGGCUUUGAAAAUGUACCAGAACACGAGAAGGAGUCAAGAGUCGGCGCGGUCUUCAGCUCGGUCGCCUCAUCGUACGAUACCAUGAACGAUCUUAUGUCAAUGGGCAUCCAUCGCCUAUGGAAAGACCAUUUCGUCCGCUCCCUAAACCCCGGAUCCGCUCUUCCUUCGCGCAACGUCGACUCAGCCGAGAAGGGCUGGAAUAUCCUCGAUAUUGCCGGCGGCACCGGCGAUAUCGCAUUCCGCAUGCUCGACCACGCCACGAACAUCAACCACGACCAUCACACCCGAGUAAAGAUCGCCGAUAUCAACCCGGACAUGCUUGCGGAAGGCAAGAAGCGCAGUAUCGAGACACCGUACUAUAACACGGAUCGGCUAUCGUUCAUGGUCGGCAACGCGGAGCACAUGCCCUCGAUCCCGGAUAACUCGGUCGACCUGUAUACCGUGGUGUUUGGCAUCCGAAACUUCACCGACAAGCAGGCGGCUCUUGUGGAAGCGUUCCGUGUGCUGAAACCGGGCGGUGUCUUUGCGUGCAUGGAGUUCAGCAAGGUGGACAAUGCUUUGUUCAACGCGGUAUACAAGCAAUGGAGCUUCAGCGCCAUACCUUUGAUUGGCCAGUUGGUCGCGGGAGACCGAGAGAGCUACCAAUACCUGGUUGAGAGUAUCGAACAGUUCCCUACUCAAGAGGAGUUCCGUGGGAUGAUCCAGAAGGCUGGCUUUAUGAUCCCCGGACGGGGCUUUGAGAAUCUUACCGGAGGCAUCGCCGCUAUCCACAAGGGUAUUAAGCCUUUGUCCCGGGUGUAA